ACAUGGUUUAAAAGGUCUGCAAGAAAAAAUUUUCUCAAUUGUUUUUGGAAAACAAAUGCAAGUUGAGAGUGUUGAAUUAGGAAAAUACAAGAUUAAACAAAUGUUAUGUAAUAGAAAAGUACUGAUUGUUCUUGAUGAUGUCGAUCAUCUUGACCAACUCAAGGCGUUAGCUGGAUCUCGUAAAUGGUUUGGUGAUGGGAGCCGCGUAAUAAUGACCACUAGGGAUCAACAUUUGCUGACAUCUGUAGAUGAGACCGAGGUCUUGCCUAUCAGUUUAUUGUCACGUAAAGAAGCUGCCAGUCUCUUUAACAAGCGUGCAUAUAACGCGAAAAACCCGAUACAAGAUUAUGAGGUGCUUUCACGAGAAGUUGUUACUUAUGCUGCUGGGCUCCCCUUAGCACUGAUUGUUUUGGGUUCAUUUUUGUAUGACAAAGACAAGGAUGCGUGGCUUAGUACAUUGGAGAGAGCAAAAUCAUGCCGCAAUGGAGAUUUUUGA